GUACGGCAGGGCGGGGUCGGCCCGCAGUGGCCAGCUACGAGCUAGGGGGACGGCGCUUGCGCAGAAGACGCCUCAGGGUGCGGGGUGCAGUUGUAGCUCCAGGGCUAUGGCGGAGGAGCAGGGCCGGGAACGGGACCUGGUUCCCAAGCCGUCGGUGCUGUUCCUGCACCCAGACCUGGGCGUGGGCGGCGCUGAGCGGCUGGUGUUGGACGCGGCGCUGGCGCUGCAGGCGCGCGGGUGUAGCGUGAAGAUCUGGACAGCGCACUACGACCCGGGCCACUGUUUCGCCGAGAGCCGCGAGCUACCGGUGCGCUGUGCCGGGGACUGGCUGCCGCGAGGCCUGGGCUGGGGCGGCCGCGGCGCCGCCGUCUGCGCCUACGUGCGGAUGGUCUUCCUGGCGCUCUACGUGCUGUUCCUCGCCGACGAGGAGUUCGACGUGGUCGUGUGCGACCAGGUGUCUGCCUGUAUCCCAGUGUUCAGGCUGGCUAGACGGCGGAAGAAGAUCCUGUUUUACUGUCACUUCCCAGAUCUGCUUCUCACCAAGAGAGAAUCUUUUCUUAAACGGCUAUACAGGGCCCCAAUUGACUGGAUAGAGGAAUACACCACAGGCAUGGCAGACUGCAUCUUAGUCAACAGCCAGUUCACAGCUGCUGUUUUUAAGGAAACAUUCAAGUCCCUGUCUCACAUAGACCCUGAUGUCCUCUAUCCAUCUCUAAAUGUCACCAGCUUUGACUCAGUUGUUCCUGAAAAGCUUGAUGACCUAGUCCCCAAGGGGAAAAAAUUCCUGCUGCUGUCUAUCAACAGAUACGAAAGGAAGAAAAAUCUGACUUUGGCACUGGAAGCCCUAGUACAGCUGCGUGGAAGAUUGACAUCCCAAGAUUGGGAGCGGGUUCAUCUGAUCGUGGCAGGUGGUUAUGACGAGAGAGUCCUGGAGAAUGUGGAACAUUAUCAGGAAUUGAAGAAAAUGGUCCAACAGUCCAACCUUGGCCAGUAUGUGACCUUCUUGAGGUCUUUCUCAGACAAACAGAAAAUCUCCCUCCUCCACAGCUGCACAUGUGUGCUUUACACACCAAGCAAUGAGCACUUUGGCAUUGUCCCUCUGGAAGCCAUGUACAUGCAGUGCCCAGUCAUUGCUGUUAAUUCAGGUGGACCCUUGGAGUCCAUUGACCACAGCGUCACAGGGUUUCUGUGUGAGCCUGACCCAGUGCACUUCUCAGAAGCGAUAGAAAAGUUCAUCCGUGAACCUUCCUUAAAAGCCACCAUGGGCCUGGCUGGAAGAGCCAGAGUGAAGGAAAAAUUUUCUCCUGAAGCAUUUACAGAACAGCUCUACCGAUAUGUUACCAAACUGCUGGUAUAAUCAGAUUCUUCUUAAGAUCUUUAUGCUGUGUUCAUUAAUGUCAUUUUUAUGGAUUGUAGACCCAGUUUUGAAAGCAAAAAAGAAAUCUAGAAUCGAAUGCAGAAGAGAUCUUUUAAAAAAUAAACUUGAGUCUUGAAUGUGAGCCACUUUCCCAUAUACCACACCUCCCUGUCCACUUUUCAGAAAAACCAUGUCUUUUAUGCUGUAAUCAUUCCAAAUUUUGCCAGUGUUAAGUUACAAAUGUGGUAUAAUUCCAUGUUCAGCAGAGUAUUUUAAUUAUAUUUUCUUGGGAUUAUUGCUCUUCUGUCUAUGAAUUUUGAAUGAUACUGUGCCUUAAUUGGUUUUGAUAGUUUAAGUGUGUAUCAUUAUCAAAGUUGAUUAAUUUGGCUUCAUAGUAUAAUGAGAACAGGGCUAUUGUAGUUCCUAGAUUCAAUCCACUGAAGUGUUCACUGUCAUCUGUUAGGGAAUUUUUGUUCGUCAUGUCUUUGCCUGGAUCCAUAGCGAGAGUGCUGUGUAUUUUUUUAAGAUAAUUUGUAUUUUUGCACACUGAGAUAUAAUAAAAGGUGUUUAUCAUAAAAAAGAAACAGUAUUAGAUUUUGGUCUCCAUAAUCUAUUUUGGCAUUAUGAACAUGGAUAUGACAACCAAACUGGAAAUCAGAACACUAGGGUAAAGUGGAUAUUGAAAUGAAGCAAGAAUAUUGUCACACAUGUGUUGUGCAUCUUGUUUAGGGUGUAUUUCUUAAUGUCAUCUAGGCCACUAGUUUUGUUAAUAUUUGUGUUGUCUUGACCAAGCUCCUACUAAGUAUAGGACACAAAGAUUUUUGUAUCUUCCAAGGCCUGGCUCAAAUGCCACUGCUGCAAAGCUUUCUUUGACCCUCUGGCCACCUCCCAAGCCAGAAGUGAUCUUCCCCCUCCAUAUACUCUAGCCUUUUCAUGACACUGAUCUUUUCAUGACACUGACUUAUAGUUCACUGUUUACCUGGUGGUCUAACAGCAAAUCAUAAACAGUAGUUUUCAACAUACUCCUAAGGCUAAAUUCAUUUCCAAAAGCAGCAAAGCUUACUAGCCAAAGGCUCCACAUUUAUCAACUCUUAAGAGCUAGACUUGAGAGCCUAACAGCCCAUAUGAUUUUGAGUAAAUUGAUCUCUAUACCUCAGCUUCUUCAUCUGCAAAGUGAGAUAAUUGUACUAUUCUACUUUCCUCAUAGUGCGGUUAUAACAGAUUAUGAUAAUAUUACAAAGUACUUAAUACUUGGCAUGUAGUAUAUAUAUUAGCUAUUAGUAUUUUGCAAUUUGGGGAUAUUGAAAAUUAGAAGUUGUAUGUUAGUUCAUGCUACACUACCAUAUUGUUCUUUUGGGGCUCUUCAAUGGGUGAAAUUCCAUUUUACAGUUUAUCAUGUGCAUCUGUAUCACAGGAGUAUUUUGGCAAAAUGAUUCUGUACCAGAAAGGAGUACUGUAAAAUGAGGGUGCCAAAUAUAUUGAGUCUUUUAUGGGAUUAAAA